CGAGUGUCACUGAACACAGCAUUAGCCUUCGGUUGUCUGUGAACUGAGCAGCUGUCACACCUGUGUGUGGGCACCCAGCUAACAACACGUACUCUUACUUUAAGAGGCUUUGCCAUCAUGGCACGUGGGCAUCAGAAGAUUCAGUCUCAGCAGAAAAAUGCCAAGAAACAGGCAGAAAUGAAGAAAGCCAAGGGUCAUGAUCAAAAGACGGCAGCCAAGGCGGCGUUAGUGUUCACCUGCUCUGUGUGCAGGUCCCAGAUGCCCGACCCAAAAACCUUCAAGCAACACUUUGAGAGCAAGCAUCCGAAAUCUCCUCUGCCCCCUGAGUUAGAGGGAGUGGAGGCAUAAGCAGCCACCGUGGACACCAAACUGAGUUCUUCAAGGCCCUGCACCUACUCUGCACUUGUCUGACAGCAAUGGAUGAUUUAAUGUAAACAACAUGAAGCAGUUAUCUUCGUUUAGACUUUAACAGGCCAGGUUGCCUUUGAUGCAAUCCUUCCUCCCAUCCAGUCCUGUUUUUGCUUGUGUUCAAAUAUAUGAGGGGUUAAACCCAAAUAUUGGUUUUGAUUUCUGGGUCACUGAUGACUUUUAUGAUCCAAGUGGUGAAUGAAAAUUUCUUGCUUCAUUCUCACAGUUUCUCAGAACAAACUCCUCACUGCCCACGAAGUGUUGUUCACAUAGGGAUAUUUCUUGCUGCUAGCUCUUGUACCUCUUUAUCUGAAGCUUUACAGGAUUGAGUGUCUGAUUUAAACCUUUACAGCCAGCAUGCCACAUGAGGUAAACACACAGUUUGCUUGCAAAGCACGGAUUUGGAUUGGAUGGGAUGUAGACAAAAUGUUUUAAUUCAAAUUUCUAGUUUGUCGCAAAUGUGACCUCAUCUGUUUUAUUAGUUAUUCCGUUUAAUUUGGCUUUGAAUGUUUAGUAAUGAAUAAAAUGGAGGCAGUGAGAUUUUCCCUAUUAUCUGUUCCUCCACAGCGCUGUCUGCCCUGUUGUACUGCAGUCUUUCAUCUAGUUAAUCAUGAUUUUAUGUGGGGUCAUAAAAAUAUGAAAUUUUGCCAGCUAUUUCCAAGCUGCUAAAUGAAUUGCAAGUUAAUAAAAUUUUACGGGAGCUUGUCAACAACAUUUGUAUGCUUGGAAAAUGAAUUUAUGCUCCAAUGAUGUAUUAUAGCAUUUUAUUAAAUUUUACUUUGUUGUA